GGCCAUCUGUGCCAUCUUCCCAGUGAACUUGCAGACAAAACCAACAGCACAACGCUGAUGUGAAGAACAGAUACAAUUUACAGAUGUUUAUACUUUUCCAUGUGUUUAUUGGCCCCCAUGGCUCUUUCCUGAGUGGCCUGAGCAGCCCUCUCACCCAAUCUCCUGGGCCCCAGUAGAGGGAGCAGGAGAGGGUGGGAAGGAGCCCCAGGUGGGAGGAGAGACAAAGGAAAAAACAGCCUGUUUGAACCUGAACCCUCGUCCCAGGCUGGCUACCAGUCCUCCUGUUCCAGCAUUUCCUUUUCCAGUAUGAAUAAUCCCAAUUUCUUUCAUCUGGACUCCUAACCUCCUUCAGCUCUUCCAGUCCGCCAGCACCCUCGUGAUUCUGGGCCUUAACAUAGGUGAGUUGGGAAGCAGACUCUUGAGUUGACAGCUGGCCUAUGGUUUCUGCAUUUUGUUAGGAAGCACCUCAUGCAAGUGAGGGACCUGGGUCUGCUCACAGCCAGGUGGCAUUUUCCUGAAGUUGUUCGUUAAGACUUCCCAGCAUUCCUACAGAUAUAAAUAGGUGAGGCCGCAGGCGGUGCUCUGGGUCCGGGAGCGCUGUCCCCAGCAUGAACGCGGCCGGCGGCGGGAGUGAGUGACUGCAGCUGCGACUUCCUUCCCGGGCCGCCCGAGCCUCCUUCCCCACCGACUUUCUUUUUUUGAUUAACUCCGUGGACUCCUGACUCUUUCUUCGCCUGGAACAUCAAUAUGUGUCAUGUCAUUGUCACCUGUCGCUCGAUGCUCUGGACCUUGCUGAGUAUUGUAGUGGCUUUUGCCGAGCUCAUUGCCUUCAUGAGCGCAGACUGGCUGGUCGGGAAAGCGAGGAGCCGCGGCGGCGCGGAGCCGGCGGGCCCAGGCGGGGGCUCCCCCGAGCCCUACCACCCCACCCUGGGCAUCUACGCCCGCUGCAUCCGGAACCCAGGGAUGCAGCACUUCCAGCGGGACACGCUGUGCGGGCCCUACGCCGAGAGCUUCGGCGAGAUCGCCAGCGGCUUCUGGCAGGCCACAGCUAUUUUCCUGGCUGUGGGAAUCUUUAUUCUCUGCAUGGUGGCCUUGGUGUCCGUCUUCACCAUGUGUGUACAGAGCAUCAUGAAGAAAAGCAUCUUCAACGUCUGUGGGCUGUUGCAAGGAAUUGCAGGUCUAUUCCUUAUCCUUGGUUUGAUACUCUACCCUGCUGGCUGGGGUUGCCAGAAGGCCAUAGACUACUGUGGACAUUAUGCAUCUGCCUACAAACCUGGAGACUGCUCCUUGGGCUGGGCCUUUUAUACCGCCAUCGGGGGCACAGUCCUCACUUUCAUCUGUGCUGUCUUCUCCGCACAAGCAGAAAUUGCAACCUCCAGUGACAAAGUACAGGAAGAAAUUGAAGAGGGGAAAAACCUGAUCUGCCUCCUUUAGUUUGGAAAAGACAUUAAUGCCAUUUUCUCCCUUGAGUAAUCUUGUGAAACAGUUCACAGUUUCAUCAUUUGAGUCAAGUGGAGAACCAACCUUUACCUACCAAAGCCACGUUCCACAGCCCGAGGCUUAAACAGGACCAGUGAGAGGCCACAUCCAGCUACGCAAAGUUACUGGACGUGCGGUCUGCAGUGGACAUAAGGAAUGGAACAUGAAAAUAGUAUAUAAUCCCUGACCUGGAGUUACCAAGUUCUGUCAGACUCCAUCUCCCCCAGGUUCAAUGAAGGAUAAUAAUGUAAAUCAUUAGGGCAGCAGUUUCUCUGGUAAAGGAAGAGACCAUCCACCAGAUUUGCAGGCUGCUUCUGCUCCAACGCUGCUUGUGUGUGAGCAUCUCUGCCUCAGAAUAGGGUUUUGGGUUGGAUUUUUUGUUUUCCUCUGUUCUUUCAAGGCCAUCUCAGUUGGAGACGAACAAAAAACUAUAAAUUUUACUGGGGACAGGAUGUGUUUGCUAAAGGGCACAGCAAGAUACUGUCUUUUGCUUAGCUGACCAAAGGGGUCAGCAGGGGUGGUGUGGAGUCAUGCUGUGGAACUUAUUCUAGGCUGAAUCCUAGGGUAAGGUGGAUCAACUGAACUGUCACUCCAGAGAUUUUAGAAAUUUGAGUAAAGAAACAAUAAGGACCUAUACAAUCAUAUGAGAACAAAAAUAAAUACGAAAUCUUGCUAGUGAAGACAUUUUUUUUCCUCUUCCCAGCAGCCAGGCUAGCACCAGUUCUGGCACAGUGUCCUCUUCUGGAGAUCACAUGUUUUUCUCCUAAGGUUAGGAUUGUGCUUUGACUGCCAAAAGGAAACCUCACUCUGUUUCCUCCUUCCAGGGACUGAGGUCCCCAAGCCAGCUGCGGCUCAUUCAGAUGUUCACUGGGAGGACUUGCCAGAAUCUCGGCACUUGCAGGGAGCCCUUUCCUCCCUGUUUGGUGACCAUGCUGUAGUCAGCUCUAUUUCCAAUCCCGACAGUAGCAGAAUGGCAUUCUACAACAAAAAGAAGCUAGUUGUGGGAGUUAAGUUUUUGUAGUUACUGGUGUUGAUCCUGAAAGCAGACUGAGAUAACAUUAAAUUGCUGCAACUGAAGAACUGCAGCUGAGACUUUAAUUAAUUCCAGGAAAGUACAGAGGACAAAGUUAAUUCAAAAAGAGGAGCUAGAUCAAGGUCACAGCACUGCCUACACCUGUUUACAAAAAGAAUCAAAUACCACUAUGAAUAAGGAUUCAGGGGCUUUUAAACUACUUUCCUAAUUACCAAUAUCACUGAUUCAGGAAGACAGUAUCUCAGAAUGACCAGGGCAUCGCAGAAACAAGCUACUCUGACAUGGGAGCUUCAAAAUUGUAUCAUGAUACAGAAACACUCCUUAGCACUUUAAGAGAUUUCUGGAAGGGGAAAAAGUGUAGGUCUCUGGGUUCAUUAAUCUGCUCGCUUGAGGACUUUGUUUUGAAAAAGUACCUUCUGUGGACAAGGUAUUGUGUGUUAAGUGCUACCAGCUAUACAACCCUGGUUCAGAUUUUGCAACCUUGCCCCAAGUGAAUCAUGUUAAAGCUGUCUGAGUCUAAAGCACCAUAUGGUGGUGCAGAACAGAUAAUUAUACAGAGAUGGAAUGGGACAACUAAAGUUUUACUGCAUUCUGGUUUUGGGCCUAUAUGAGAAACCAUCUUAUCUCACAGAUAAGGGCUAAGGGCAAAAGGGGUGGGAGGUGUUUGUUAGGCCUUAAUGAGUUUCCCAUUCCUGAACCAAAAUUCAAAGUGAGCGAGAUAUAAAUCCUGUGAUUUUGGUGAAGAAAAAAAACGGGUAUCUUCAUAGCAGCCUAGGAAACAUUAACCAUAUCUCUAACACCACCCAGAAAGAGGCUGGAGGAG